GGAUUUAAUCUGCAUGUUGUCAGUUUCGCGUGACUUUCACAUAGUUUUUCGCCUUUAAAAAAAAAGAGGAAACACUGCACCUUUUAAUUUUUUAGACUGAGGGGCCGGAGUGCCUCUUCCUUUUAUAGUUCCGGAGAAAAUUUCUUCCUUUCCCCUUACAAACCUUCAAAUGACCACCUCAACACGUGUUUUUGCAAGGUUACUCCAGGUAGUUUUUAGUCGGCGCGAAAACCCCUACGAGAAAAUUCCACGCAUACCCAGAUUGUUUCUACGGUACUUGGUGUUUUCGGUGUGUCAUUAAUCUCCUAUCAAAUUAUGGAGACGUUGUUGUCGAGGCCUUGACAGGGCUCCACACACGGCGUUUCGGGGUGGACUAAGAAUAAACAGACGGGAAAAUAGUUGAAAGAAAAAACAUUUGAAAAAAAAAGCUGUCUCGCGAAGGGGAAGAAGUGUAUAGGACAUGCUGUCGCUGCUCCUCAGCGUCGCAGCAUUGAUUACUUUGGUGUGUUUCCGAGUGUCCACGUUGUACAAGCGCAUCUGCGCUCGCGACAGCCUGCUGAGGAGCAACAGUCGUCGUCGUCGUUGUUGUCGACACCCCGAGAAACGCGUGUCGAUGCGAGUCAUGGAGCAGCCGGUGAAACCGUGUGCGAGCAGCAACACGUCGACAGCGGACAACACUGAGCAGACUGCUGGUGGCGCCGAAGCAGUUGAGCGUGUCCCGAAGCAGCGCGGCUCAGAACAGCGGGAUAUGCUGAGGGGCUGA